AUGUCUCUGCAAGACGCUCCACAACCGAGUGGCACAGGUCGUCUGCUGAAUAUUUUUAAAGAUCGUUCCGUUGAAGAUCACGGGGUUGGAUGGUCGAGCCUAUGGGACUCGGGUGAAAGCGACCUAUGGGACCGAGGCAAGGCAUCUCCAGCCCUAGUGGAUAUCAUUGAACAAGAAAGCGAUCUUAUCAACCCCUUGAACCAAAAUGGCUCGAGGAAGAAAGCAAUCGUUCCAGGUUGCGGACGGGGAUAUGACGUGGUCAUGUUAGCACUGCAUGGAUUCGACGCCUACGGUCUGGAGAUUUCGGAAACGGCUGUCAAGGAAGCUGAGGCUUAUGCAUUGGCUCAGAUAAAGAGCCCGUCUGCUUAUCAUUUUAGAUCUGGGGAGCAUCGGCAGGGUUCGCGUGGGUCUGCGACCUUUUUGAAGGGAGAUUUCUUUUCCUCUGAUUGGGCUUUCACGGAGGAUAUUGGUGGGUCGACGAAGUUUGAUCUUGCGUAUGAUUAUACCUUUCUAUGUGCUCUCCACCCCGAACGACGGAAGGAUUGGGCAAACAGUAUGGCGCGGAUCGUUAAGCCUGGAGGUUUGCUUAUCUGUCUUGAGUUCCCAUUAUACAAAGACCCAAGUCUUCCUGGGCCGCCAUGGGGCCUCAAGGGGGUUCAUUGGGAUUUGUUAUCUCAAGGGGGCGAUGGUGUGGUGUGGGGAAAUGUAGGGGAGGAUGGUAAGGAGGAGGCUACCGAGCAUUGUGAGAAGGGCGCCUUUCGAAGGAUCUUAUAUGCUAAACCCGCUCUCUCUCAUGAAGCGGGUAAGGGAACGGACAUGCUAAGUGUUAAUCAACGGAAAUAA